UGCGCGCCUCGCAGCCCUGACUCGCGGAGAUAAAUGGCAGCGCGGGGGGCGCGCACUUAAUCAGCGCUCCUGCUGCCUUCCGGCGGGUACAUCCCGUGGAUCAUUAGGUUAAAUGGAGGACAUUCGUGUCCUUCCCGAAUCGAUGCAAUUAUUGUCGGCGACGAGGACAACGAUUGGAGUGGCAGUGCUAAUUUUACCAACCCGCUAUUAAUUAUGGUGUCCCCCACGCCCCAGCCGGCGUUUAUAACGCGAGGAGGCGAGAGGCUCCGGCUGCCGCUGUUUUAAAAGGAAAAGUUGGGAGCCGAGCGCCUGGAAAGUGUUAAUCGGCAGCGGAGCAGCGGAGCCGCGCUGGGACGUCACUAGGAAAGGGGUGAGGGACGUGGCGGCGGCGCCGGGGGAGCGGAGGCACUGUGCGCUGCCGUCAGGUGCCGCACGCUGAGAAAUGCUCGCGGCGGCUCCGCGCAGCGAUCCGCGCAGAGAGCGGGAGGAGAGGAGCGCUGCCAUGGCACUGCGAGGUGCUAGCCGGAGCCGGGCGUGAUCGCAGCAUCUAGGGAGCUGCGGUUCCCAAUCAAUCAGUACAAUAGAGCAGAGCACGGCUGCCCUAGCGUGCAGAUCAGACGUCUCGCCUUGUUUCUAGAUCACCGGGAGCCUCUGGACCAUGUCCUACCCGCAGUUCGGCUACCCCUACUCCUCCGCGCCCCAGUUCCUGAUGAGCACCAACUCCCUGACGCCUUGCUGCGAGUCCGGCGGCCGCACGCUGCCCGAGUCGGGCCCGGCCGCCCCAGCACAGACGCCGGUCUAUUGUCCCGUGUACGAGAGUCGCCUGCUCGCCACUGCCCGACACGAGCUCAACUCCGCCGCCGCUCUGGGGGUCUACGGCAGCCCCUACGGCGGACCCCAGGGCUACGGGAACUACGUGACCUACGGCACCGAGGCGCCCGCCUUCUAUUCGCUGAACACUUUGGAGACGAAGGACGGCGGCGGCUCUGCGCAUGCGGGCAUCUCCCCGGCGGCUGCUUACUACCCCUACGAGCACAGCCUCAGCCAGUACCAGUACGACAGGUACGGGGCGAUGGACGGCGGCACGAGGCGGAAGAACGCCACCAGGGAGACCACCAGCACGCUGAAGGCCUGGCUGCAGGAGCACCGCAAGAACCCCUACCCCACCAAGGGCGAGAAGAUCAUGCUGGCCAUCAUCACCAAGAUGACCCUCACCCAGGUCUCCACCUGGUUCGCCAACGCCCGCCGCCGCCUCAAGAAGGAGAACAAGAUGACGUGGCCGCCUCGGAACAAGUGCUCGGACGAGAAGCGGCCCUACGAAGAAGAGGAGGAGGAGGAGGAGGAAUGCUCGCAGGAAGACGCCAUGAAAAGCGAGAAGGCCGAGGAGCCCACGGGCAAGGAGGAGAAGGAGCUGGAGCUCAGCGACCUGGAGGAUUUGGACGCCGCCGAGUCGGAGAACUCCGAGUGCGAGAUGAGGCGGCCCUUCCCGCACCCGCACCCGCAUCCUCACCCGCAGCCGCUGCCGGGCGGCGGCCCCCCGCCCCGCGCCGCCGAGCCCCCCGCCGCCGCCGCCGAUGAGGAGGAGGAGGAGUCGGCGGAGCGGGCCCGCGGCUGUCUGAAGCCGGCGGCGGACGAGUGCGAGGCGGCCCUGCUCGGAGCUCGGCCGCGCGGCUGCGAGGCCAAGCUGUGCUUCCCGCAGGGCCAGCCGCUGCUGGAGGCCAAGCCCCGCAUCUGGUCCCUGGCGCACACCGCCACCUCCCUCAACCAGGCCGAAUACCCCUCCUGCAUGCUGAAGCGGUCGGGGGGAUCGGCCGCCGCCGCCGCCGUCUCCGCCCCGGUCAACGUCAUGGACCGGCACCAGGAUUCGCCGGUCACCAACCUCAGGAACUGGGUGGACGGGGUGUUUCACGACCCGCUCUUCAGGCACAGUACUUUGAACCAAGCCUUGAGCAACACCACGGUGUCCUGGGCCACCACCAAAGGAGCCAUUCUGGAAACGGGCGCCUUGGGACGCUCGGUGGGCAAUGGUGCCAACGUGCUCAAGGGGCAGCUGGCCAAUCUGGCCCACCAGGACUCGAGCAAGGAGUUUCUCGCCUUUCCCAAAGCAGGGAGUAAAAUGUUUUGCUCCUAACGGCCCCCCGAGGGGCAAAGAACUUCCCCGCGCUGGAAGAGUCAUGUACACUGAAAAGAAACUCGCGAGAGUUGAAAUAUAAAACUUUUUCCUUUAUCAUUAUGUUAUUUUUUAACAACCAAAACGAGGAUUUAACGUUCAGUUCUCUCAGCUCAAGAGACAGACACUGCUGUUCUGAGGAAUUAAGUUCUCCUGGCUGCGACUUUAAAGGGAUCAGUGUCGUGAGAGUUAUUUAAUUCCAUAUCCCAAAGCACGUACUAUAGCGUAGACCUACUUAACAAAGUUUACAUCCGAAAGUUUACAGACGAGAAAUUUUAAUUCAGAUUUAAUUUAAGGCAUGCCGACAUUAGUUAUAAAGACGUUUCGAGAGUUUUUCCUCCUGAUUUCCUUGUUAGCAUAUAAUUCACAAACAGCACUUCCACUAAGUUUACACUUACUGCACAAAUUUAUCUUGACAAAAAAAAAAAAGAAAAAAAAAAGAAAGAAAAAAAAAGAAAUGUUAAAGGGUAUGUUCACUCCAAUAAAUUGUCUGUUUCAGAGGUACCACGCGUGGUGGCGUUUUGCAUCGUGUAAACGCGUUUCAGGUUUCCAAAGUCCUGGACUGGCAGGUCGCUGCCCUCGGCGCCAGACGACGGAGCCCCUUCCCCGCUGCCCAGGAGGCGCGGGCCGGGUUGUUCACCCGGGCUCAGGAGCGGGAAAACGUCGCCCGCGCCGCCGAAGGGGCGAGAGGAGCCGCCUGGGCCGCCGGUGUCGCGGGUCUGCCUGCCGGGGUGCCUCAGCCCGAGCCCAUCGGCCGCUCCAGCUGCGGGGAGAGGUUCCCCCGAAACGGCCCGGCUCUGCCGCGGCGCCUCCUCCUCCUCCACGGUGCAGGGAGCGAUUGAUUCACGUGGAAAAUUUGAUCUUUUAAACAACCGUUUUAGCUUUCCAGCUCUUCUGGCAGUAUGGAGAAUCGCUGAUCCUCCAUGAAUAUUUCAGCACUUCAGGACAGAUGCUUUACCGUUUUGACAUUAAAUAGAGUGCAGCCAACAAAAAGAGGGAGAGAGAGAAAGCGCUCUCGACGUGUGAUUCAGGAGCACUCGCAGCCAAUUUACCAUUUAGAUAACAGCCGUUUAAAAGAUUUCCCUUACUCUUCCCCGAAUUUGGAGCAAACUUUUCCCGAUCUUCGUGCCGGGAGAGAGGGAGAAAUGCCGGAAAAGAAACGACCAGCCGGUCACAGACACCGAAUUUCCCGCACAGGGGCCCAGACCCCUGGGCUGCCGCGCUCGGCUCGACGGGGGUAAAGUGAAGGAGCCCGAAGGACCGCGGUGACACCGAACAAGCUGAAGAGCUUCUGUCCUGGCCCACCCCCUCUCGCCCGAAAUAAAUAGCUAAAUGAGAAUGCAGCCCGGGGGAUAUACACGUAUAUAUUAAAGGCGACGAUAAAUGCGGCCGAGGUGGCAGUCAGCCGAAAUAGAACAUCCUCCAGCCCGCAAAGUUUCUAGCGAGACCUGUUAGUGCAAGGACUGAAUAAAGGAAUCCGGGUGCGGAGAUCAGAUCAAGCCCUUCCCCUCUCUGCGAGCAGCCGUAAUUGGAUUGUAUCCAGUCAUAUUCCCUGUCAUUGUAUUGACUUUCGCUCUCUUGGAUGAUAUUAUCGAGAUCACUGAACCCCUCUGCUGAUCUGGCUGUCAAAAGGCUCAGACAGGAGCCCCCGGCCUGGAAAACGUGCAUCAGCCAAGAUAAUUUGAAGUGAAAUUUUCAUUUUGACAGUAAACCCCUCAAUUUCUAAAGGCUCUGCACCCGGAGAGCUCGGUGGCAGGGGGAGGCUUUACAGAAAGCCACGUCUUAAACUGAAAAGGGCAAAAGAACUCGAAUUAGUUGUAAUAGAUAAAAGGGCAAAAAUAAAGAGUCAAGGGUACUUGACAGUAAUAGCGAAAGUGGAGUCUCCGGGGAGCCGCGAUCUCAGCUCAAGGCUGGGCCGGCAGGAAUUUUAAUGCAGCCGGGGCGGCCGGCGAGCUUUGCCUCUGAAACCCUUUAGACAAAGCAAAUUAUUUUCAGCCCAACUAAAGAGGUGGGGAUGAAGGAGGGAAAGGAG